AUGGCUCGUCCUCCUUACUACAUCCUCGUCGCACUCAACAGCACAUCUCAGCCAGCAACCUCUAACAAUCUACGACACCCAGCGAUUCAAUAUCACUACACUGACGACUCCCCAUUGGCGCUGCUGCCUCAGUACCAGGAUGAACAUGUCUUGAUUCUGAACCACGGCCAGGACAAUGCACCGACCACAGUCCACAGUAUUUCACAAGACCUCAUUACGACAGGGCUCAAGGUAGAUGAUGCUCCUGGAGCCGCCGUCGCUGCAUCUAGUCAAGAGAACGUUGAUGGCAGAGAUGACCGCAUGUAUAUCAUAGAGACGACCCGAGACGAUAGGCCGCCGACUCCACCUCACGAGGAGCGCAAGCCCGCCAGUGCCAUUCUGGCCCAAUUCAAGGCUCGCAACGAUAUGAUCCGCCAUGCACUCAACUAUCCCUCUGUCACUGGAUCCGACACUCGAGCGGCUCCAACAAACCAUGACUACACAGCACCACAACCUCCUCCAGAACCCUCAAAGUGAACAUAGCUCGAACUAUUAGCCUGUUGUCUGUAUUCAAGACCGGAAGAUAGAUUAGGAUAUGACGCAAGGAUACACUGCUGGGGUAUACUAUUCUAUCGUUUGCCCUUCUUUGGUGCUCGUACAGGUCCUUUCUGCGUCGGUUUACUGGACGAACUAGCCUCCCCAUUUGCUUCAUCUGCAGCGGUCAUGAUCGCCGAGAACCUGUGUACAUACCCGUUCAAUCACCUGUGCCAUUUUAUUUUCGCCAGAAUCAACUGCUUACCCUCCCUUGA